AUGACUCGCUCGGCUUCCUGGCUCCGGCCGCUGCCGCCCGCCCGUGUCCGCCCGAGUCGUGCCGGGGCCCCGAGGAGCCGUUGGGGGGUCCGGGCCGUGGCCCUCUCGUGUGGAAGCCGCCGCAGCCGCCGCCGCCGCCCACCUGCCACCCGUCCGUUUUCCCUCCCGGCCGCCAUCAUGCUGGCGCUCAUCUCCCGCCUGCUGGACUGGUUCCGCUCGCUCUUCUGGAAGGAGGAGAUGGAGCUGACGCUCGUGGGGCUGCAGUACUCGGGGAAGACCACCUUCGUCAAUGUCAUCGCGUCAGGUCAGUUCAGUGAAGAUAUGAUACCCACAGUGGGCUUCAACAUGAGGAAAGUAACUAAAGGUAACGUCACAAUAAAGAUCUGGGACAUAGGCGGGCAACCUCGAUUCCGGAGCAUGUGGGAACGGUACUGCAGGGGAGUCAACGCCAUUGUUUACAUGAUAGAUGCUGCAGAUCGUGAAAAGAUAGAAGCCUCUCGAAAUGAGCUACAUAAUCUUCUAGAUAAACCACAGUUACAAGGAAUUCCAGUGCUAGUACUUGGAAACAAAAGAGAUCUUCCUAAUGCCUUGGAUGAGAAACAGCUAAUUGAAAAAAUGAAUCUGUCUGCUAUUCAGGAUAGAGAAAUUUGCUGCUAUUCAAUUUCUUGCAAAGAAAAGGAUAAUAUAGAUAUCACACUUCAGUGGCUUAUUCAACAUUCAAAAUCUAGAAGAAGCUGAAGCACCUUCUGAAGUCUUCCAGUCCAUCUUGGCUAUAAUCCUAGAAUUAUUGUCCGUUCCUCUGAAGUACUUCCCAGAAUACGGUCCUUCCUAAACCCAAGAAAUUGCCUUUUUCAGAGUUUAUUUCUCAUGUGCACUGCUGAAGAUGUGUAUCCCUAACCCUUCAUAAAGAAUCAGCUAGAGUUGUCAUGAUAAGUCAGCACACACACAAAAAGGCUUCCUACACAUAAUUGUUUUCAGUGGUGUGUAGAGCUUUUUUAAAACACACUUUAGACCAUCUUAAAUCAAGAAAAUUGCAUAUUUCUGUUCUGGUCUUUCUGGGCCAGAUUUUUAUAUUGAUUUUCAGUAAAAGUCUGUCUGUGGUAUUUAAUUGUAGAGUCCGAUAGCUUAAUACUGACUUGAGACAGCAUGAAGUUUCUAGUGCCACACACAGUAUUUAGAAAACCUUUCAGCCUGAUUCGUGUGGGAUAUAAACAUAACGUCUAUCUUAUCUCACAAAUGCAUGUGACAUGUUAAUUACACUGUAGAAAUUAAAAACUGGUCUGCAAAGAGGGAGCGGAGGCAUCAUA